GGGCUUUUAGACAUUUCCUCCUUCAGGCUUAGUAUUUGCAGAUGGAAGAUUCCUAACCUGGAUUCACUCCCGUACAAUCUUUUCUUUCUUCGUCGCUGCCGCCGUAGCCACUGCUCUGCUCCUCGCCCAGCCGAGCAGCACCCUCCCUUACGCGGGAGAAGGAGAUCGAGGCCGACGACCUCCUUUCCCGGUUCUUUGUCGCACCGCCGCCGUCACUUUCUCUACGCCCGAGCGCCGCCUCCAGCAGCCUCGCUGGUCAUCGCUGCGCUCCCUUCCCUGUGAAAGCACUCGGAGCUUGUGCUAGGUCCUUUGCAUAGAGACAGACGGAUACAAAUAGAAGCUGUGAUAGAGAUGAGGCUGUUAACACAUAACAUGCUCUCCUCCAACAUCAAGGGGGUGACAAACGGUUUCCCUCUACGCAUUGAAGCAGAGAAAAUCAUUGAGAAGCAGGUGGACUUCAAUGCUGACUUCCUCAAGAACAUGUUCCCCAAGAUUGAGUGGAAAGCCUUUGUUGAUGCAUCACAAUCGAUGGGCUACACUGAGCUCCCAGAGGAGGCUGAAGCAUCAAUGCUUGAAGAAGAAGAAUUCUUAAAGAAGUUCCACCAUGCCCUCCUUGAGCUCCAUCUUGAAGAGGGUGAUCUUGUUUGUCCAGAGACUGGUCGCCGCUUCCAGGUCAAAAAGGGCAUUCCGAACAUGCUUCUUCAUGAGGAUGAGGUCUAAAACGUAUUGAUCAGUCUGCACCAUUUGUAAUAUAUUGGUCAUUAGUAAGAGAGUGGGAGUUUUGUUCCUGACCCAUUUGUGUUCCUGAAAUUUCUCGCUUUUUUGUUUUUAGGGAAUGAUCAAAUAAUUCAGUACCUGAAGCUUUCAUCACUACAGCCCUUUCUAUAUCUGCAACCCUAUCCAAACAAAGAUUUCAAGGAUAAGAAUUCCAUACAUGCAUGUUGGAUAUUCAUUUUGAUUGAUGUGCAUUAAAUGCAUUAAAUUUAUUGUGCA